AUUUGAGGUGCUUGGUGGGUUGAGGUUAGAUACUGAGAGAUAAUAUGAGAAAGCUGGUGAGAGUCAGAGGUGGUGAGGAGGAUGUGAGUAGAAAAAUGAAAUACCUGUUGCAGAAGUCAUGUUUUAAAAACGUAUCUGAUCAAACAACUCCCACUCCUAAAGCAUCACAUCAUCACUUUUGUCUGUUCAAAUGUUUUAGUCACACCCAUCUCCACCCAACAUGGAGGGAAAAAACCCCUCAGGCAUACAGUACUACUGAGUGAGGAAACGAAACAAAUUUAAACCAGCCCGCCUCUUUCUGCUCAGACAUGUCUCGUAUCCCAGUACAGAUGAAUCGCCUCUGCUGUCGGAUCUGCAGCGGGGUCCUCAGGGACCCCGCGACUGUUCCCUGCGGACACAACUUCUGCAUGCAGUGCAUCCAGAGCUGCUGGGACCGGGACAAGAGGGAAAACUGUCCCUGCCGCUGCCCCGAGUGCGGUCAUAUGUUUCCCACCACGCCUCAGCUGAUCAAGAACACAACUCUGGCGCAGCUGGUGAGAGACACGGAAAAGUUUGACAGUGGCACUGAGAGGACGAGGCAGCGGCGGCUGUCUGGAGAGUCCCCGCACGCUCCGAAGAGACCCCGGAGAUUUACGGUGACAGGAACAGGAAGCGCGUUGUGUUUAAGACACAGAAGCCCCCUGGAUGUUUACUGCUGCACCGACGAGCGGACUAUCUGUGCGGUCUGUGCAUCGGUUGAGCAUGGAGGACACAGGAUUGGCUGUGUGGGAGAGGAACGGAGGAGGAAGCAGGAGGAGCUGGAGAACACGCAGACAAGAUCCAAACAGAUUCUCCAGAAACAAACAAAGAAACUGAAGAACGUGGGGAAGAUGCUCGACCAGAUUCAGGAGGAGGCCAGACGAGCAGAGGACUACUGUGAGGCCGUGGUGGUCAGUGUCAUCGAAUCCCUCCAGAAACAUUACCUGUCGGUGAGGGAGCUGAUCGGAGCUCAGGAGGAGGUGGCGGUGGCUCAGGUCCACACCUCCGUACGGACCCUGAUGGAGAAGAUGGAGGAGAUGAAGGAGAGGGAGGCUGAGCUGGAUCGUCUCGCGCAGACUGACAACGAUGUCCGUUUCCUGCAGGAAUGGCCGUCACUGCAGCGUCUCUGUGAAAAAGACCACUUCCACCUUCUCCACGAAGAGGAUCCACUCGUCCCCUUUAGGAUUACAAAGAGAGCUGUUGAACAACUGGGGAAGCAGCUGGAGGAGAUUUGUGAGAAAGAAUUUGCCUUAAUUACUGAAAUGGCUGACAGUGGAGAGCAACAGGAGUCAACAGAAGAGACAGAGGAGGAUGACACACAGCAAGGAUGUGAAGCCAGCAUCUCACAAUCCCAUGUUUUCCCUGGAGCUGUCGUCGCUGUGACAGAGCAGGACGUGGAGCCCACAACCAGAGCAGAGUUUCUACGCUAUGCAUGUGAGCUCACCCUGGACCCCACCACAGCCCACGAGGACCUGGUCGUUUCUGAGGGAGAUAAAAAGGUGAAGCUGAGCCCUCAGUUAGUGAGGAACUCUGCUAUUCGCUACCCAGAGAGGUUUGUCCACAGGCGGCAGGUGCUGUGCAGGGAAGGACUGCAGGCCGAGCGCUGCUACUAUGAGAUAGAGGUGGAGGGGGGCAAGGCUGAGAUCGCCCUCGCCUACAGAGGAAUAGACAGAAAAUCCCGGGGCAGGCUGUCAGCGUUUGGGGGCAGCAAAAAUUCCUGGAGUCUCGAUCGAUCCACAAACUACUCUAUGAGUCACAACAGCGGCAGCGUCCAGCUCACAACGUCCCCCGGUCAUAACAGGAUCGGGGUUUAUCUGAAGUUCAGAGAGGGAACUCUGACGUUCUACGAGGUGUCAGACUGCAUGAAGUUUCUUUACAGGGCUGAGGCCAUGUUCACAGAGCCGCUGUGUCCAGGCUUCUGGCUCGGAGAGAAAUGUUGCAUCAGGAUCUCUGAUUUGAGACAGGGCGGACUAUAAACGACUGAGGCUGAGUUAGAUGCUGGGUUACACAGUCACUUCCUUCUAGUUUGUAGCAGACUUCCUUUAACCUUUCCUGACUUAGAAAACAUUUCUGACAAUGCAAUAAUCACAUUUCCAAUGUAAACUUAAUCAUUCACUUUUUACUAUGACAGAUUUAUGACUCAGUCGUG